GAGGCAAGGGGAGCUUGUUAGUCUGUGAACACGCCCCUUAUGCUAAUAUGCGCCAUUUAUCCCCGCCCCCCGGCUAUGGCCUGCGGGUCCGCCCCUAUGCUAAUCACCGCCUCUCCCACAAGGCCGCGCGCGGGUGGACACGUCCCUUUGUGCGCGCCUGGGGCUGCGCGCAGCGUUCAGCAUGAGCGGCUCGGGUGCCGCCGGAGUGGCCGCCUGCCCAGCCCCGCCGGCACAGGAGGAGGGCAUGACAUGGUGGUACCGCUGGCUGUGCCGCCUGGCGGGAGUGCUAGGGGCCGUGUCCUGUGCCAUCUCUGGACUCUUCAACUGCGUCACUAUCCACCCUCUGAACAUCGCAGCUGGUGUGUGGAUGAUCAUGAACGCCUUCAUCCUGUUGUUGUGUGAGGCUCCCUUCUGCUGCCAGUUUGUGGAGUUUGCAAACACAGUAUCUGAGAAGGUUGACCGCCUGCGCUCCUGGCAGAAGGCUGUCUUCUACUGCGGGAUGGCCGUCGUCCCCAUCGUCAUGAGCCUGACCCUGACUACACUGCUGGGCAACGCCAUCGCCUUUGCCACCGGGGUGCUGUAUGGAUUGUCUGCCCUGGGCAAAAAGGGUGAUGCCAUUUCCUAUGCACGGAUCCAGCAGCAGAGGCAGCAGGCAGAUGAGGAGAAGCUGGCUGAGACGUUCGAGGGAGAACUGUGAGGUGAGGCAGGGCGGCCCAUCCUCAUUGCCUACUGCCAGUGGGGUCUGUGGAUUCUGGAGAAGGCCGAGUAUCAACUCUGUUAAACGGCCUGGGCGAGGAACACCUGCACGUCCGUGCCUCGAGCCUUCCUGUGCCUACCCUGUUCUCCGGACCUCCUGAGCCUGGAGCUCCUGCCCCACUAGAACCGAAGGCCUGGGCCAUGGGAUAUGGAUGGGACGAACUCACUCCUGUCAGCCUGUGGUGCAGAUUCUGUGCUGGCGACCCUUCCCAGACCUAAAAGCAGCCUCCCUUCAACACACUGGUCCUCACUCGGUUAA